AUGGCCAUUGUGGAGGACGAAAAGAGCGAGGUUUUUUUGCUCCAGCUCUAUCAUCAGGUUGAGAUGAUGGAAGACAUUCUUAUCCCUGGCGGAAUAUUGAUCAUCAAAGACCCAUACCUGAAGCUCACCGCUGAUGGUCGGCACGGAUUGCGCGUCGACCACGUCUCCGAUGUUGUUUUCCUACUGGCGCAUGACAAACGCGUUCCCUCCUGUUGGCACUCGGAGCUCACGAACCCCCAGCUCAAGAGCGCCGACUUUUGGAAAACAAAGGGAAAAGAAUUUUUUGGUCAAUCAAGAUAUCAGGCUGCAGUUGAACAUUACACCAGAGCUCUGGUUUCCUCCCCCAGAGCCGAUGAGUGCCACAUCAUCAAGCUCAACCGAUCCCUGGCAUUUCUCAGAACCAACAGCUCUGAUGCAGCUCUUGUGGAUGUCAACUCUGUGUUGGAGGUUGCCAACGGCAAGACCAAGGAGAAAGCUCUGUUUCGCAAAGCCCAGGCACUGUACAGCCUCCAGAGUUAUCGGGAGUGUUGUGAGGCUCUCAAAGCCCUUUGCCUUGACUACCCCGACAAUGCAGCAGCCAAGGUUAAACUCAGCGAGGCAGUGAGUCGGCUUGCUGAACAUACCACCGGUAAAUACCAGUUCAAGAAGCUUCAUGCAGAGGCUGCUCGCCUUCGCCCGCCUCAGCUCGACCAUGCAACCUACAUUGGCCCCGUCGAGAUUCGUCAGUCUGGAUCCCGUGGGAGGGGCCUUUUCACCACCAAAGCAGUCAAGACAGGUGAUCUUUUGUUUUAUGAAAGGGCGUUUGCAUACGCAUUUCAUGAGGGUGAGGGAACCAGCGGCGACAGCAGCAGGCUGAUGAUGAAUCUCCUGAUUGACGUCAAUGCCAACAGCUUCACCUCUGUAGCCCAGCCGGAACUCAUCACCAUGCUCGUGCAAAAGCUUUACCGGAAUCCCUCUCUGACUUCUGCGGUCAAGGGCCUCCACUGCGGCUCAUAUUCGCCCGUUCAGGGCACCUUUGACAUCAUUGACGGAAUGCCAGUCAUUGACUCGUGA